AUGCGCCUGCCCGCUCACAUCGCCCGCUCCUGCUGCUCGCACAUCGCACGCUGCUCACCCUCGUCCCGCUCCGUCUUCCCCACCCACACCCGGCUCGCCUCGACCUCGACACACCUCGCACGCACUCACACUCGCACGACCACCUCGCACGCCAUGGCCACUCGCACAGCAUCCACCACCGCAACGACGGCCAACCCCCUCACCCCCUUCCGCACCCACACUCCCUCGCCGACCGCACUCCCCUCGACCCCGCUCACCCACGUCUUCUGGGACACACGCACCUCGACCUGGACUUACCUCGUCGUCGACCCUGCCACCCGCCGCGCAGCCAUCAUCGACUCGGUCCUCGACUUUGACCCGCAGACCAACACCGUCUCGACCGAGUCGGCCGACGGACUUGUCGCGUUCGUCGAGCGCGAGGGAAUCACGGUUGAGAGGAUCCUCGAGACGCAUGCCCACGCGGACCAUCUCACGGCGGCGGCGUACCUCCAACUCCGUCUCUCGCCUGAAGGCGGCCCUCGCAUUCCCAUCGGCAUCCACCGCGGGAUCCGCGCGACUCAGGCGCACUUUGCCAACUUGUACGACGUGCCGAUGAGCGAACUCGAGGGCGUGUUCGACGAGGUCUACGACGAGGGGGACGAGAUUACGGUUGGUGAGUGCAAGGGACAGGUGUGGCACCUCCCUGGGCACACCGAGUGCUCGGGCGGAUACGUCUGGGGCGAAUACGUCUACACGGGUGACUCGGUCCUCCUCCCCGCCAUCGGUUCCGCCCGCGUCGACUUCCCCGCCGGCUCGGCCUCUCGCCUCUACACCUCCUCUCAGCGCCUGCUCUCCCUCCCAUCUCACUUCCGCCUCUUCAGCGGCCACAACUACCCCUCCUCCCCUUCCUUCGAAGACGGGAACCGCUGUUCUGCGACGGUGAAGGAACAGAGGGAACUGAAUAAGCACUUUAAGGAGGGCACGGGGAAGGAGGAGUUUGUAAAGCUGAGGGAGGAGAGGGACAAGCAGUUGCAGGAACCGAGGUUGUUGCACCAGUCGCUUCAGGUCAACAUCCGCGCCGGCCGCCUGCCCAAAAACUCGCAAGGCAAACCGUUCUUCCGCAUCCCCGUUCACGCUCCGGCGGUACUCUGA